CAGCGUGAGGUGAUCAGCAUUCACAUCGGCCAGGCGGGCGUGCAGAUGGGCAACGCCUGCUGGGAGCUCUACUGUCUCGAGCACGGCAUCACGCCUGACGGCCAGAUGCCCUCCGACACCACGCCCGACAAGGCUGACGACAGCUUUAACACCUUCUUCGCGGAGACGGGCACCGGCAAGCACGUGCCGCGAGCCAUCUUCGUCGACCUGGAGCCGACGGUCGUAGACGAGGUGCGCACUGGAACAUACCGCCAGCUGUUCCAUCCGUCGCAACUUCAGACGGGCAAGGAGGAUGCCGCGAACAACUACGCACGAGGACACUAUACCAUCGGGAAGGAGCUGAUUGACAUCACGCUGGAGGCGGUGCGUAAGCUGUCCGACCAGUGCAGCGGCCUGCAGGGCUUCCUGGUGUUCCACUCGUUCGGCGGUGGCACCGGCUCCGGGUUCAGCUCGCUGCUGAUGGAGCGGCUCUCCAUCGACUACGGCAAGAAGUCCAAGCUCAACUUCUCCGUUUAUCCGGCGCCCGAGGUGGCUACAGCCGUGGUGGAGCCUUACAACGCCAUCCUGUUCACCCACACCACACUGGAGCACACGGACGUCGAGUUCAUGGUGGACAACCAGGCCAUUUAUGAGCUUUGCAAGAACAACCUGGACAUUGAUCGACCGACCUACACCAACCUGAACCGGCUGAUCGGCCAGAUCGUCUCCUCCAUCACCGCCUCGCUCCGCUUCGACGGCGCCCUGAACGUCGACCUGACCGAGUUCCAGACGAACCUGGUGCCGUACCCGCGCAUCCACUUCCCCCUGGUCACGUACGCGCCGGUCAUCUCGGCAGAGAAGGCGCAGCACGAGACGAUGACCGUCUCGGAAAUCACGCAGGCCUGCUUCGAGCCGGCCAACCAGAUGGUCAAGUGCGACCCGCGGAGUGGCAAAUACAUGGCCUGCUGCCUGCUGUACCGCGGCGACGUCGUGCCAAAGGACGUCAACAGCGCCAUCUCGGCCAUGAAGGCGAAGAGGACCAUCGAGUUCGUCGACUGGUGUCCCACGGGGUUCAAGGUCGGUGUUAACUACCAGCCGCCGACGGUGGUGCCCGGCGGCGACCUGGCCAAGGUGACCCGCGCCGUCUGCAUGUUGGCCAACACCACCGCCAUCCGCAUGGCCUGGGCGCGGCUCAACCACAAGUUCGACCUGAUGUUCGCCAAGCGCGCCUUCGUGCACUGGUACGUCGGCGAGGGCAUGGAGGAGGGCGAGUUCGCCGAGGCGCGCGAAGACCUGGCCGCCCUGGAGAAGGACUACGAGGAGGUGGAGGAGAGCGACGCCGGGGGAGAGGAGGAGUUGGACUACUAGUUCAAGUCUCGCACGGACCGUUAUCGGCGGCUGUGUCCCGGAAUUGCCUGCCUUUAACCACUGGAUACAAGUUUAUCGCCACUAACUAUUCUUAUCUGACUUCGCGGAAGUGUGACGCUGAAUAGUUUUAGCGUUCGUUCACCUUAAAUCCUUAGCAGCUGUGGUUACUUUCAGUGUUCCAUGCGCACUUAUGGCCUUUAGCCUUGAAAAGUUUCCCGUAUUCAUAUCAAAAAUUUGUUGCGAAGUAGUAAUUGGCGACUGCCAGUAGUUUCUCAAUUUUGAUGAUAAUCUCACCACCUUUCAAUCUUAGUAGGCAAUCGCUUUCGAUCACACAGCUCUCAAUAUUUCGACAGAUGAACAAAUGGACAUUGCACGAUGUCUUGUGUGGGAGGUCGGCUCCAGCGCACCCUUAGGAGUUAGCUUGUAAACGACCUGCAGAUGAACCGAAAGAAUGCGGUCCAGUUUCAAGAACAGCUAUUUUUAAACUUAUGCUUGCUACUGCCUGUGAAGCGGUCUCAAUCGCAGGCGAUACGCAAAUAGAAGAUGGCAGUCGUCUGUGCUCAUAUCAUUCUGACCAAAACAUCAAUAUUAGGGACUGUGCUGCGAGGAAAAGUUCGUCGCUGGCCGCCAAUGUAAAAAUGUAGCUUUGGCAUGCGCCAAUAGGCAGUUUGAUUAUUUCUGCUCUCGAUCAGUCCACCAGCAUGAGUUCAAAAAGCCGGGGCUUCCCUUGACAACUCCAUCGUGUUUGUCGUGGUGAUGUGGUGUUACAAGCAGCCCACAUUCUGAUUGCAGGCAAAAGCUCUGUUGGAGAGUGCCAGCUCCCAGUAACUGAAACUCGAGUUAGGUUCACUGCUCAACCGCAUACAGUGCGAUGUCUGCGCCCGCAGCCUGGCUUUGAGUUCUGUUGAAAUAUUACCCGCGUGUGAUACUUGCCAGUGAGUCAGAAUACUAAAUACAUUUGCCUAUGCACCCGGCCGCCA